AGGUCCAAGAGGCGAAUGGUGAUCACACGAACGAGCUUUAUCUUUACCAAAGUCCCUGCUCAUCCACUUAUCAAUGGCAGAAAGCCCGGUGCCAUACUGGCUAAGAAGGGAGAUCUCACUGACCGUAGCUCGAAAACCCGGCGACAACCGGGUUUUGCGCUGAGAGUUUCGAACCCUCUCCUGACAAAAGCUGCCAUUGCAGUGUUCGGACUGGGCUUCAUCGACGCCGGAUACAGUGGAGACUGGUCGAGAAUCGGCGCAAUCUCGAAGGAGGGCGAGGACUUGCUCAAGAUCGCCGCCUUCGUUGUUGUGCCUCUGUGCAUUUUUGCAAUUUUUUCUGUCUCCAAGGAUUCAGAAUCUUGAGGGAAUGUUGGUUCGAGUUACUCAAUUAUGUGUUUUUAGCUUCUCUGGCAUCAAGAAGACUAUACCAGUGCUAAGAGUGUGAAGCUGUGAGGUUGAUUUGGCUUUACUUUGUUUCUGAUUGCAACUGUAUUUGGAUGCAUUGAACCAAAGCUGCAAACGUGACGGAAGAAUUAGAGCAUGCACUCUGUUUUGCAAGUGAAAGACAAUGAAUGCAGAAUCAAUUUCACCUGGCACCGGACAAAAUCACUCUCGACUUGUAACAUGGCAAUGGCGUGCCAGUUUGUCCCAUAAGCUUUGGUAUUGCGAUUCAUGUAUCAAUUUAAGAAAAUUUUGUUAUGAUCUCGGUCA